AUGACUAACAUAAUUACAAAAUCUUUGGAUUUGAUAAAUGUUUUACAAAAAGUAAUCUAUUAGAAACUAUUAGGAUGUAAAAGUCUAUUUAAAAAUUUUGCAAUUCCAUUUCAAAUAAUAAAUCAAUUUGAUAAUUAGCAAUUAAUUUCUAGUUGUGAAUGUUUAGAUUGUGGUGGCAAAGUGAAGAAAAAAAUUUUAAUUUGCAAAAAAGAAUUACUUGACUCACCUCAAUCUAAUACUAAAACUAGAUUUCCAGCUUCACCUUAAUUAUCUAUUUAACCAUAAAAUAUGAGACCAUCAAAUAGAGAUUUAAGUUUAAUUGGAUCUUCUGCUCAUUUUAGUAUGAUUUUAAUUAAUUUUUAUGUGAAAAGCAUUCUAAAUAGUCCAUUUAAAAAAGUAAUCGUGUAUCCAUUCUACCAGUAAUACAAUUGAUUU